ACGGAAAUAAAAUUAAAAUAAAAAUAAAAUAUUUCUUACCCAACAAGCCAAUUAAACAAAAAUCGUACUAUAAAGAAUCUAUCCAAAAACACCCACUUAACGAAGUUUCAUCAAACUCUUCUUCUUCUUCUUUUCUAACGCUAAUAGCGGCUUACCGGUACGCUUUAGAAGUGUAAUUAAACAGGGUCUCUUUUUUUUCUCUUUUAAGAAUCAUAAUUCUCCUUUUAAAUUUAUUAGAGGGUUUUGAUUUUGUUUUUGCGCGGCUUACUGGAACGCGUUUAUUCUGUUCAUCAUGGAGUUCAUGUUGAAUCAUAAUAUGGUGAUCAAGGCUAAGUAUGGUGAUACAUUAAGGCGGUUUAGUGUUCCGAUUAACCGGAAUGGGCAGCUUCAUCUUGACAUGGCUGGACUAAGGGGAAAAAUCCUUGGUCUUUUUGAUUUCGCUCUUGAUACUGAGAUUGUUUUAACUUAUAUUGAUGAAGAUGAGGAUGUGGUAACGCUUGUUAAUGAUGAUGACUUAGUUGACAUUAUGAAGCAGCGUUUGAAAUGUGUGAAGAUCGAUGUACAGCUUAAGGAGGAUAAGUUUGCUAAGUCGUCGAGUGGAGCUUCAACACCUAUGAGAGCUUCUCCAGUUCCAUUGUGUAGUUUAGAUCCUGGUGCUGCUGAGGUUUUGAAAUCUCUACCGGAGCCUUUUCGUGGGGUUCUUACUAAGUUAUCGACUGAGUUGGCUAAGAAGGCCUCUAGUUCUAAUCCUGCGGUGGCUGAGGUUGUGGACUGUUUGUCGAAACUGUUGAAUCCAACUCAGCGGUCUGGUGCUGGUGCUAGCUCAAGCACCAAUGGAGGUGUGGGAAAUCCAACGGCUUCAGGUGUGCCUGAGACUGCCCAGGAGGCUAAUGCCGCUAAAGGUGUUAGUUCGGCGCCUUUUCGGCCUAUCCCAUCCCCUUUUGAUUUGCCUUUGCAUACAAACUCUGUACCUCCACCUCACAUUAGACCAUUUAACGUUGAUAACUUAAAAGAAAGUAUGAGAAGAAAUAUGAAAGGGAGUGUUCGUCAACCCAUUUACUACGGCGCACCCUUUAAUACUUUUAAUUCAAUGAAGCCGUUUGGCGGUGAAUGCCCAAUUAGUGGAAUGCCUAUGACGAGCAACACAUUUCCUUCAUCUCUCCCAUUUCCUCAGGGAUAUUGUCCCGGUGAUUCUACGCUUGGGAUGUUUCAUAAAGGUGUUCAAUGUGAUGGUUGUGGAGUUCUCCCAAUUACUGGACCGCGAUACAAGUCCAAAGUUAGAGAAGAUUUUGAUCUUUGCAGCGUCUGCUUUGUACAAAUGGGCAAUGAAGCUGACUACAAUAAGAUGGACAGGCCAGUGCCUUAUCGACAUCCAAGGAAGGGGCUUGCUGAUCCUGUCAUGAAACAGUCUGUUCUGAACGCAUUCCGGGCUAAUAAGCUAGACAGCCGCUUUAUUUUGGAUGUGAAUGUAUUUGAUGGCACUAUGAUGGCUGCAUCAACUCCAUUUACCAAGAUUUGGCGGUUGCGUAAUUGUGGCCGCAUUGCCUGGCCUCAGGGAUCCCGGUUAUUGUGGAUUGGGGGAGACAAAAUCAGCGAGGCAUCUUGUGCAGAAAUAGAUAUUUGUUCAAGUGGUUUUCCUGUGGAUGGGGAACUUGAUAUUGCGGUUGAUUUUGUUGCUCCAAAAUUAAGUGGUCGAUAUCUUUCAUACUGGAGGAUGGCAGACCCAUCAGGUGUAAAAUUUGGGCAACGUGUCUGGGUUCUUAUCAAUGUUGUUGAUUCCAUGAAAGACCCAGCUUCUGAUGGAGUUCAAGGUUUUAAUUUGAAUAUGCCACCCGAAUGCUCUGGCACCAAAUCCCCUGAAAUCGUUAAUAUGAAUGGUCAGCCAGCUAGGCACAUUGGAAUUGAUCGUUAUACUACCCCUCCCACAGUGUUUGUUCCAAUGAAGCCUGAGGUGGAUGCUGAAUUGCCAGAGAAGGAGCAGGAGCUUAACUUUCCCAUAAACAACUCUCUGUUAGUUGGCGAUGGUCUGUCUGCCCCUGCUUCUUCCAUGGCGUCCCCUUCUAUGUCAUCUCCAGUGGCCUCCCCUUCUGUGUCAUCUCCCGUGGCUUCCCCUUGUAUCUCAUAUCCUGUUGUAGACUUGUCUGAAGCAGGGCCCUCUGAAGCUGUUGCUGCAGUGGAUAUCCCAACUUCAUCUGAAGAGGCUGAUAACCUUCAUAUUGAGACGACUCUUCUCAAAGAACUUGAGGAGAUGGGCUUUAGGCAGAUCGAUUUGAACAAGGAGAUCCUGAGGAGCAAUGAGUACAACUUGGAGCAAUCAGUGGACGAACUCUGUGGUGUUUCCGAGUGGGAUCCAAUUCUCGAAGAGUUGCAGGAGAUGGGUUUUGAGAAUGAUGAAAUGAACAGGAAGCUGCUUAAGAAGAACAACGGAAGCAUCAAGGGUGUAGUGAUGGAUCUCCUUACAGGCGGAGAGAAGGCUUGAUUUGAUGCACUAAUUCCCUUCUGAAACGUUUUAUCUAUUUAGAGAAUAAAUGUAGUCUUAAGUAGAAUUAAGACCGGUUGCUGAACAUUACUAGUUCUAUUAUGUGGAUAGUCUUGGUUAUGUUUUUAUAUUAUGGAUUAUAUUCUGUUAUUAUAACGUUGGACUCUGUUAGAAAUAUAAUGCCUGCUUCUCUCC